GCUCCAGCGGCAGAACAACAGGGGCAUGGUGGAGGGAGGCGGAUUUGUAUCAUGAUAGCACUCAGACAAUAACACCAGCCUAGACGUCUUUUGCAGUCUCCCCUGUGCUCUCCAUGUUUUGGGGGCUCAUCGCUGCACUGCCUUCGUGUCUAAACCCACAGGAGGAGGAUGUCCGUGUCCGGGAAGAAGGAUUUUGAUGUGAAGCAGAUACUGAGGCUGCGCUGGCGCUGGUUCAGUCACUCGUCCCAAGGUUCGGCUGGCAGUGGUGGAGGUGGUGGGGUGGGGGGCUACAUCCCACAGGACACAGGCUUAGAUCACAGAGGCACUCCUGCCCAUGGGCGCCUCAAGAGUCACUCGCGAGAAAGAAGUGCUGGAGGACUAAGGAAGAGUAGCAGUCCAGUUCACAGCAUUCUUUCGCCAACGCCGGGGCCCACACCUGUCUGCGUCAGAGGGGGGCAGCACUCAUGGCAUCAGCAACACAGCACCAUCCAUGGUGUACAAGUCAGUGAGGAGACCCCAAAAAGCUCCUCCCUACCAAGUACUCCUAGAAAAGAUGACAGCAUCCUCAGACACGAAGAUGUCAAAAGCAGCAUGGACGAGGCUCCAGAGGUGGAGCCUAGAGAAAGGUUAGCUCUGAGCACUUUCUCCAGAAUGAACACUACCAGCAGCUCAUCGGAUGAGUUUUUCCAGGCCACAGACCAUGCAGAACAGACCUUCAGGAAGAUGGAGACCUACCUACAGCACAAGCAGCUGUGUGAUGUGCUCCUGAUAGCUGGAGACCACAAGAUCCCAGCUCACAGACUGGUGUUGAGUGCUGUGUCGGACUACUUUGCUGCUAUGUUUACCAGCGACGUCAGGGAGGCCAAACAGGAGGAGAUCAAAAUGGAGGGAGUGGACCCAGAGGCGCUGCGGUCAUUGGUCCAGUUUGCCUAUAGUGGUGUCCUUGAGCUCAAAGAGGAGACCAUCGAGAGUUUAUUGGCAGCGGCGUGCCUCCUCCAGCUUUCACAGGUCAUUCAGGUUUGCUGCAACUUCCUGAUGAAACAGCUCCAUCCCUCAAAUUGCUUGGGUAUCCGCUCAUUUGCUGACGCCCAGGGCUGUACAGACCUGCUCAACGUGGCUCAUAACUACACCAUGGAACAUUUCCUGGAGGUCAUUCAGAACCAGGAGUUUUUGUUGCUCCCCACUGUGGAGAUUGUGAAGCUACUUUCUAGUGAUGACAUCAACGUGCCCGAUGAAGAGACCAUCUUCCAGGCCCUCAUGCUGUGGGUGCGCUAUGACGUGCAGCACAGACAGAGGGACCUCGGGGUACUACUCUCCAACAUUCGUCUCCCUCUGCUUCCACCGCAACUUCUGGCAGAUCUUGAAAACAACAAAAUGUUCUCAGAUGAUCUUGAAUGUCAAAAAUUACUGAUGGAGGCUAUGAAGUACCAUCUUCUGCCUGAGCGCCGGCCCAUGUUCCAGAGUCCAAGGACCAAGCCCAGGAAGUCCACUGUGGGUGCACUUUAUGCUGUAGGGGGAAUGGAUGCUACAAAGGGUUUCACAACUAUUGAGAAAUACGACUUGAGAACCAACACUUGGGUACAGGUUGGGGUUAUGAAUGGUCGUCGGCUUCAGUUUGGAGUGGCUGUCAUUGAGAAUAAGCUGUAUGUAGUUGGAGGCAGAGAUGGUCUAAAGACUACAAAUAUGGUGGAAUGCUAUAAUCCAAUCAGCAAAGUCUGGUCCACAAUGCCUCCUAUGUCCACACAUAGACAUGGGCUUGGUAUCGCAGUGCUUGAAGGCCCCAUGUACGCGGUGGGCGGCCAUGAUGGCUGGAGCUACCUGAACACAGUGGAGCGCUGGGAUCCUCAGGCCAGACAGUGGAAUUAUGUGGCGAGUAUGUCCACCCCCCGCAGCACCAUGGGGGUGACUGCACUCAAUGGAAAAUUGUUUGCAGUUGGGGGCAGGGAUGGUAGCUCUUGCCUAAGAUCCAUGGAGUGCUUUGACCCCCACACCAACAAGUGGAGCAUGUGUGCACCCAUGACCAAGAGACGAGGGGGCGUUGGCGUGGCAACGUACAACAACUUCCUGUAUGCCGUGGGAGGACAUGACGCCCCAGCUUCCAAUCACUGCUCUAGGCUGUCUGAUUGUGUUGAGAGGUAUGAUCCAAAGACAGACACGUGGACAACUGUGUCUCCUCUGAGCGUGCCCCGUGACGCUGUGGGAGUGUGCUUAUUAGGAGACAGGCUGUAUGCUGUUGGUGGAUAUGACGGACAAUGCUAUCUGAACACUGUAGAGUCCUAUGAUGCACAGAACAAUGACUGGUCUGAGGAGGUCCCUCUCAACAUUGGCCGGGCGGGCGCCUGCGUUGUGGUGGUGAAAUUGCCUUGAGCGCUUUGUCUCAUGACGCGAGCAAAACAAGCAGUGAAGACGAGUGGACAAACAAAGCAACAGAUCAAGGACACAUCCUUUGAGAAUCAUUGUUUCAUUUUUCCUCCUGCUUUAACUCUGCUCUCCAGAUUUUUCAGAGCUGGGCACACACAGAGACUUGCCUAUAAACCAUUGUCUCCAUCAUUAGUGCUCUGUCUGCCCACUGGGGAGCGCUUGCCCAGAGACUGGAAUAAGCCGCACAUUCUCGGCAUUCUCAACCGAUCAAGAAUGUUUUUUUGUGUUUUAUCUUUUCUUUUUUUUUUUUUUACAGAGUUGGCAAAGCUGUAGUGUACUUGUGCCAAACCCUUGUUCUGCCGGGUUGUUUUAUGAAAAGUUUUGUAAAUGUCGUCAGAUUUGAGUUUUGAAGCUUCAUUUUUAUAAGAGAAUGGGGUUAUUGAACUUUAUAACACACGUUUUACUAUGACUGACAUCACAUUUUAAGUAUUUACUGCACUUAUACGUAUUCAUGUUGUCAAUACUACUGUUUUCAAGCUAAUAUAUCUGAAAAUGUAAACUGAAAGGAAGGGUAUAAUGAUGAAUGAAGCAAUUUUAUAAGCUUGUUAAGCUACAAAACACCAAAGUAUCUUACUGUCUUCUUACACAUAGAAUAAAAGUUUACAAGUGUGUAUUAACUAUAGAAAUAUAUCAUAUUGAUAUUUCACUUUGCUGUACAAAUGUCUUGUGGACUUCUGAAAAUGACUGUAUGUUAUGGUGACACAAUGACAGCCAACCCAGCUCACCAUGGCAACUGUUGUUCUCUCAGCGUUAUUUCUGGGCAUGCUUUUAACCAGCAUCACUCUUACAGUAAGAUUCAUUUUAAAAAAGCCACAUAAAUGUCUGUUUAUGUCAAGGAUGUUACAAACCAAAACCACAUCUAAGCAGUGGUCCCAUUAACUUGAGUAUUAUGUAUUAAAAUCACAUGAGAAGGUUUCAGUGUUCAGUUCAAAAGGAAAAAUGCAGAAAUUACACUUUUUUAAAAUUUAAGAGAUGUAGAUUGUUCUUCAUCAUUCAUUUAUUUGAGCAAUAUUCCUCAUCUUUCAAUGUGUCUUCAUUUUGCACAGAUGCCCUUCCUCCAUUUGCCCAGGCUACAUGAUGUCAUUUCUAUUUUCAGUUGUCCGUAGUUAAUAUAUUUUGUUUUGUUUAUAUGUAUAUAGCACUUGUACUACUGAAAUGAAUUAUUUCUCACAAUAUUCUGAUCUAUUGACGAAACCAGAAAAUGUAAGUUUGUAGUUACUCUCUCAAACAAUACUAACUUCAACAUGUGUAAGUAAUUUCUGAGGGCAAAUGUUAAUUUUUUUCUAUGUUUUUACCAUUUUACCAGUUUUGUACAGCAUGGAAAUAAAGCGACAAAUGUCUUUUGUGCAUGUUGAAAUCCAUGAAGGGUGUGGCCCCAGUGGUCAAUGUUAUCAGUUCUUAUUCUUUAACUAACAACAGAUAACAAAAUCAUUUACAAUCCGAAUAGUCCUCCCACUCUUUCAUGUUAUUUGGGUACAUUUGCAUAGCUUUGCCUACACCAGCACGCUAACUUACAACUGCAGUGUUUCCUGGUUUAUGACACCAAUGCAGAAAUCUCCAUGCACCUUCUACAAUCUCCUGUCUGUAUAUCAAUAAAGCCUAACAGCUCUCACCCUGAUCGGCCCUUUACUGUGCAAUAUAAAGCCCAGAGGAAACCAUAUCUAUCCAUCCAUCCAUCCAUCCAUUUUCGUCCGCUUAUCCGGGGCUGGGUCGCAGGGGCAGCAACCUAAGUAGGGACUCCCAGACAUACCUCACCCCAGACACGUCCUCCAGCUCCUCCGGGGGAAUCCCGAGGCGUUCCCAGGCCAGCCGAGAGAUAUAGUCCCUCCAGCGUGUCCUGGGUCUUCCCCGGGGCCUCCUCCCGGUGGGACAUGCCCGGAACACCUCUCGAGGGAGGCGCCCAGGAGGCAUCUGGAACAGAUGCCUGAGCCACUUCAACUGGCUCCU